AUGGCGGAUAGUCCUACAGGAAGCUCAUGGUUCCCACCAUCUCGAUGCUCGACCCCCACCACGAAGUUGCCAGCACCUAAUAACCCGCCUCUUGCAGUCGACUGGGAGAAUUAUAAGCCGAUCAUCGUCGAGCUAUAUCGUGAUCUAAAUUUGUCUCUGCCAGUGGUCAAGCAGCGGAUGGAGACGGAGUAUGGUUUCAUUGCCUCGGAGCGUAUGUACAAAGGCCGCUUCUCCAAGGACAAAUGGAACAUACCGAAGAACUGGAGAGACGAGCAUAUCAUCGAGUAUCUGGCCAACGAGGAUCAAGACACCAUCUUUGGCAGACCUACACAUGAAAUCAAAGUCCUUCAAGGCAAAGGUUCAGCAAGCUUCUCUCCCGCCCAAGUCUGGGAAGAGGCUCAACGACGUCGCAGGGAUAGCACCAUCACAGUUGGCAGCAUUGAGUCACUCGCUGCAAGUGAUCUGUCAGACACUGUAGCGGCGUCUAUAACAGCUCUGGAAGAGUUUCCUGAUGCACCGUUCGGGGACUUGGACCUGUCCAUUCCACAUACCGUCAGCGACACAGCCUUGUCGAUAUACAAUGGAACGAAGGCUUUCAUCAUGCUGUCGAACUAUCUCGAGACCAGACUAUUCAGCGUCGAGCAUCUCGACAACUUCUUCAGCUCCGUCGACCUCUUCCCACCUAAUGAGGCCGCAAUCAACCCAGCUUUCGACCUGGCAAUUAGGCAGCAUCCCUCCCUGCUGAACCAGAACUACGCUCGAGCGAUGGCAUUACUUCGCAAUGGCCGACCAAAGCUUGCUUCAGCACUUUUGAGUUCCGCAUCUCAUGCUCUUCAGCACCUGGUGGUGACUCACCAUCCUGCCUUUGCCAGCUGUUUCCUGGACGCCUUCGUCGAGUUGAAGUUCGAGUCCCAGCGAGGCAUGAGCGGAUACACUACGGCGCAAGACGAUGUCUCCAUGGAGCAACUCCUUUUCUUCUGCUCACAAUUCUGCCAACUGUUCUCAAAGCGCUUAGGUAGGGAACACAAGAUCAGUGCAUACGUCAAUCUCAAGCACUUCGAAAAGCUUCUGCAGUUGCGCCGCUUCGAUCAAGCGCAUAAUCAGUUCGUCAAUCACGUCAGACCAGUCUUCCAAGGACUCAUCAGCCCUGGGCCGGUGCCCAAGACCAUGCGAGCUCCCGUCCUCUGCUAUCUGCGCCGCAAAGCGCAUCUUCUGUCCUCACGAGGCGAUCAGACCGGCGCAGGACGCGCCCUACGGCAGUGCGUCAAUUUUGCCGUGGAGUGGCUAGGUGAAAGACACAUCUGCGUGGCCGGCAACCCAUUGAUGGAGGAGUGCUUCCGGCUGAUUGACGAGAUCGCCGAAUUUCUGUUCCGCAACGGACAUACGACGAAAGGAAUCGAUCUACAUAGCUUCGCUAUAGGACUUUGUGCGGCUGUAAGAGGCGAAUGCGAAGGGAAAUGCAUACGAAUGUUCUCGGCUCAACUCGUUCGAUAUGCAGACGCAGGUUUCGAUGACAGAGUCAGGAUUCUGUGCGUUCGCUUUCCGAGCUGUUGGGUCAUUGUCGACGAACAUGACAGUCAGGAUCAGAACCCGGUUGAAAGUGGAGACUCUGGUGCCUCUAUGCCAUCGGGCAACGGAGAUGUCAGCGGCAAGGCAGGAGACGACAUGAAGAUGGACGACUGGGAGACAAAUGAAGUCCCGAAACCGACGGACCACAUCCUCCGGUGUCAGUCGUGUGCCAAUGGUCCGGACACGCAACUAUGGUGUGAGCAGCACAGGACGCAGGUUCGUCCGACGCCGCAGGACCGAGUAUAUGUCCGACUGGCGAGGGAGUGUUUGCAAGAUCUCUUGAACUGGUUUGGGAUGAUUGCAGACUGA